AUGGCUACUGUGUAUUUUGGUAAUUUAGAAACUGUUCCUUAUACUAAGCGAAAGCAUUUCGUGCUCUUGUCUAAAGAAAUGGAGAAAAAGUUAGGGGAGUCCCAAUUUGAGCAAUUGAAAUCUGGGUUUAAAGGUAAGAUAUUGCCUGCAAUACACCCUGAAAGCGUUAGAGUUCGACUGAUUGCCAAGAAUAUUAUCGAUUCAUUGCAGAGAGGGUUGAGCCAUGAUCAGAUAUGGCGUGAUUUGGAGUAUGCAUCGCCUGAGAGUUCACUCGAACAUGAUGCAACGGCGACAUUGGGUGGGAGGGAAGAAGAUUUGGGCAUCACUUGGUCUCGUGAAGAUGAGAUUCUUGAUGAUAAAUGGGUUCAACAAAGCAGGAAGGAAAGUCGAGAGAAAGGGUCGAGCUCGAAGCCGACUACUAAUCAUUUGGAAGGAUUGAAUUGGGAAGUUUUGGUCAUCAAUCAGCCUGAUGUUAACGCUAUGUGUUUGCCUGGUGGGAAGAUUGUGGUCUUCACAGGGUUGCUUGAGCAUUUCCGAACUGAUUUCGAGAUAGCUACCAUACUUGGACAUGAGGUUGCACAUGCAGUGGCUCGACAUAUAGCUGAAACAGUAACAAAGAAUCUGUGGUUUGCCAUUCUGCAAUUGAUACUCUAUCAGUUCAUUAUGCCUGAUCUGGUCAACACAAUGUCAGCACUUUUCUUUAGACUCCCCUUCUCUCGGAGGAUGGAACUUGAAGCAGAUUACAUUGGACUGUUGUUGCUCGCAUCUGCCGGCUAUGAUCCUCGGAUUGCUCCCAAAGUGUUUGAGAAAGUAGCUAAGGUUGCAAAGGAAUCAACACUGCAAGAUUAUCUCUCGACACAUCCUUCUGGAAAGAAAAGAGCUCAGUUGCUGGCUCAAGCUCAAGUAAUGGAAGAAGCACUCGUGAUUUACCGAGACGUAGUCGCAGGACGUGGUGUUGAGGGCUUUCUUUAGGAUCACACCACGCCUCCGAUACGCUUCUCUCAGACCACACACCCUGAAAGCUAGACCAGGCCAUGGUUUAAGAGCUUAAUAACUUCAACUUGUUACCUGCGUUCACCAUUUUUCCAAUUUUUGCUGGCUUUAUUUCUGAUCAAUGCUUUCAUGUCAUGCGGAUUUGGUUUCUUCUGGGUUAAGUUUGCUUUUGACCAUGCCUUCUCCGGCAAGUGUAAAUAAAAUUGCAAACAUGACAAUGUUGUUUCUUU